AUUGUCCAAGUGCUUAACCCACACCUCUCUCUUCUUUCUCUCUCUUCCCCCACCACAUCACUUUACUCUCCUCCAUCGAAGAGAUCUCAUCUCCCAGCAUUUCAAAACCCUAGAAUUCAAUCACAAAUUCCACAACCAUAAUCUUUCAUCUUCAUUUAUGGCGAGCUUCAUUCUCUCCAGGUCACUCCUGGUUCUACUCCUGAUUGUCAUCUCAUUGUUUUCCAUAAUCACCAUUUCGGAAGCUGAAACAUCGUUCUCCUUCACAAGUUCCGGUAAAAAUGCGAGCUUUGAGUCCGACGACUUUGCCCUGUACGGCGAAGCUAAGCUCGUCGACGGCGGAUCUUCGAUUCAGCUGACUGACUCAGUGAGUCACGGUGGUGGGCGAGUCAUCUACAAGAAACCCAUUGAGUCCGUGAAGAAUAUAAAAUUCGAGUAUUUCGCCGGAUUCUCUACUUUCUUCUCUUUCUCGAUUUCUCCUAAUCGUGGUGGGAGACUCGGAUUUGUAGUGUUUCCUGUUAAUGGAACAUUUGAUCACUCUUUAUUCCAAGUAAAGUUCGAUACUUCUGAAAAUCUCACCCAAAUUGGAGAUUCUAAUGUCGCGGUGAUUGUUGAUGGUGCUACGGUUUCUGAGAAGAUUAGCAAUUUCACGAUUGCAAACUUGGAGAAGACUGAGAAAGUUUUGUUGUACGCUUGGAUUAAUUACCAAGCUGGUGGCAAGUUCUUAGAAGUCCGGUUAAGCAAAUCAAAAAGCUUUGAAUCUGUUCUUCCUCUGAUGUUUGAUCGGAUCGAUUUGUCAGAAAUGUUGAAACAUGAGGAUGAGUUCAUGGUUGGUGUGAAUUCGUAUAGUGGGAAUGUGAAUCUUCAUUCUUGGAGCUUAGAAGUGAGACACUCCGAGUAUGAGCACUCUUGGGCGCCGGUGCUUUUGGAGGAACAACUUAGAAAAGAGGAGGCUGCGAAGAAGAGAAGAAGUGAUAGGAUGAGGGAUAUUGUGACUUGCUUAGUCAUGACCUUUGGAUCUACUGGUCUUGUGUUCUUCGCCAUGAUGCAUAUAUAUGCAGCUUUCAAAAGGAACAAUCUUGCCAUGGUGAUGCAGGAAGAAUGUGGGAUCAAGACCAAGGAGUUUGAGUAUGAGAAGAUGGAGAAAAUGGAAGUUGUGAUGAGUAAAGCUGAUGGGAAACAAGAAAGGAAGUGAAGUCAUGUUUGGUGAUUUUUGUGUGUUUAGGAUAUGUGAUCUGUUAUGUAAUCAAGUAGAUUCUUGGUAACUAGUUUUUCCACGAGGUUCUUCAUUGGUUAAUGUAGUAGUCCCCUUAUUUUCAUGUGUGUAAGCUUUGCAACGUUAUUACUUAUUUGGCAUUUGUAGUUUGAUGUGGCAUGUAAAAAUGUGAGAAGAAUGUUGUAGAA